AUGGGUACCGCCCGAUCCGGGACCAGCAGGUACAGGCAGAAGCUGGCUCUGCUGGAAGCGAGAGAUCCCCAGGAGUUUUCCAGGAGGUGCGUCUCCGACCCGUCCUUGUGCCGGUCGCUGCUGAGGGUCUACCUCCUCGGUGGGGGGCUCUGCACGAGUUUGGAAGACGUGGGGAAGGCGGUGAUGGAAAUGCAGCUGAUCGAUGAAGAGACUACUUUCUGGGAUGAGAACUUCCCCAACCUCUCUCGAGAGAGGCAGGCGGGGGCAUUCACACACGUCCUGAGCCUGGUCUUCGCCAGGGGCGCUUUUCUGUGGGGGUUGGCGCAAGCCGCGACACACGGGCGCAGCAUUAUCGACAACAACAACGAGGACACCGCCGUAUGCCGCGCGUACUACAAGAUCAAGGAGGUCACAUCGCGGGCCGACCUGUCCUUCGGCGAGGAUUGGACGGCGAUCGACAUCGGCGCGGCCCCCGGCGGGUGGACCUCCUUCCUGGCCUCCAAGUGCCGCAGGGUGCUCUCUGUCGACCCUGCCGAGCUAGACUCUGCGGUUCUCGCCCUGCCCAACGUGGUGCACGUUCAGAAGCUGAUCGAGGCCGCGAAGGGGACGCUCCUUGAUCUCCUCGCCGAGGAUGCGCCGGCGCACGAGCGGGAAAGCCGCGGCGGCGAGGGGGAGGAGCGCGACGAUGGCGGGGGUCGUACCCACGACGGACGGCUUAGUGGCGGUGGUAGCUUCACGCCAGAGGCAUCGUCCCUCGGGUCUCGCUUGACGCCGGGCGGGCCUAUAGCUUCCGCGGGAUCAGCGGAUACGGCGGGCGAGGCGUCAUCAAUGGGGGCAAAUGACCGGCCGACAGCUCCGGGGAAGAGCCAGGGAGCGGAGCUAGUCGUGUCCGACAUGAACGCCGAGCCGGCGGUGGUCGCGGACGUCCUCCUCUCGGCCAUGUCGGCCGGGCUGGCGAGGCCCGGCGCGCUGCUCGUUGCCACGUUCAAGGACUUCUGCGGGCGGCGCAAGAGGAUGAAGGACGAGGUGGCCCUGGCCGUAGAGCGUUUGCGGGUCGGUACUUUUGUUGUCGGCGGCGGCGCUUCGGGUGUCGGAGAGGGGGACGGGGGCCCCGCAGCUGCGCCUUGUGGUGGAGGUCCCCCCAAUGCGGGGACCUCUGGCAACGAUGCCGACGGAGGUUUGGAAGCAGGGAACGGUCUCUCGCACGCUGGCACACCGCCGGAAGGGAGAGUUGCAGGGGUUGCCUGCGAGAAAGAGGGGGCCGAAGGAUGGUGGAGACUAGAAGGGAUCGAGACGAUGAAGCUGUUGGCCGGGGGGCGGGCCGAGGUUACAAUCGUCGCGCGGGUGGCCCACGGAACGGGGGUAGCAAACGGAGGCGAUGGCGGCCGUUAGCGUCUACCAUUACCUGCUCCUCCGCAUCGACAAGCGCUGAAAGUUGAUUGGUGCUAGCGACAUCGCCAACACGUCUCAGUUUCGCGCGUCGGGAGAGGUCGGCAGUACGCUACUGGCUGCUAACUUGCGUCGUGAGUCGGUGGCUUGCUUCCAGGUUCAAGGGACGUUCCCCUCGUAGCUCGUGAUGGGUGGUAGUGGGCCGGCGUCGCCUUCGGGUGGCGCAGCGGUGUUUCGUAGAGUGAUGCAGUGGCGGGGCAAGAAUGGUAUCAGUCCAUCACACCACACAGCAUGAGCGGUCGCUCAGCUGCGACUUCACCAUGCUUGCUUCCGGUGCUACGCCACCACAACGCGUAGAAGAAGCACCUUGAAUGUGUCGUGAAUCGUUUUGGACUUUCUAGAAAAACGCUCCAGGCCGUGGCAGAUACACUCAAAACGGUUCCUGCGUGGAUUCCGCCUAAAAUAUUUACUUCGUGAUGUCCCCCGAGGCACAUGGGGGUAGCACGUUGGGCAUAUACUGCAAACGUCUGCAGCCGUAAAUAAUUAGUACAUUUUCACCGAUAGGCAAGUUUUGAGAGUGCGCCCACCAUGGUGAGUCUAGC